AUGCUCCACAUCACAGUGAAAGACAUAAGCCAGCAGGAGUUUGUUAGAGUCUGGCUGCCUUAAUCAGAAAAAAAGUCUGGUGAGCUGAAGAUUUCCAGAUGGGUUUAUAAAGAUAAAAAUAACAGUCUGUGUCCUUCCCCCUAUGAUGAGAAAUAAUUCCAUGUCGGCAGUGCUUCCACAACAUACCACCUGCACUGCCACCAGGGCAUGUUCCAUGCCAGAGAGUCACUAAUGAUCAUGAGCAACAGUGAACGGGACUCCGUGAAUUCGGCAGGAGCUCUGUGCUGUGCCUCAAAGAGGGAAAUAGUGUUGCAGAAUAAGAAGGUAUCUCCAGGAAAGAGAACUCGAUCCAACCAGCAAAGUCCGUUGAUACCACAGGCAUUAUGGGCAGGGAAAACUUCAGGUAAUGGUUUGGACUGA